UUGGGAAGAGGCUGUGAAUUGCGAACUGUAAAGAGACUUACUUGGAAAAUAUAAAAUGGAUCGAGGACUUGCUUUGUGUGCGAUGCUAUUUUGCGGUUUAAUCUCACAAUUAACUGCUCUCACUGAGCAAGAAAUUGAUAGUAAAAUAGCGUCAUACCAAACCAGAAUACUCAAUGCCUUGACACCGUAUCGAUUCGAAGAAGGCAGAGGCUACUUUGGGAGUUCUUCAACCUUUACGGUUGUGAGUAGUGACCUAAAGAGGGCUGUCGUUAAAGUUUCAUUCAACCAGCCAUUUACUACACCACCUAUGAUUUUCUUUGAAGUACAUGGGCUUGUUGUAGAUGCGAAAAACAAGUAUAUACUGGUUGCUUACGCAAGAGAUAUAACAGUCACAGGCUUUGAAGCUGUGUGUGAAACAUGGGAUAACGCUCAAAUGCCGGCUGUGUGGUUUCACUGGAUCGCAAGGAGUCGUUAG